ACCAGGAAUCAGAUUGUGCAUUUUUAAAGAUACAUCAUCCCUUUUGUAAUCACCGAAUCUUGUGUACUGAAGCAAGACAACCUCCUGGCUCGGCCAGGGGCAGCCAGGUUCUGAAUUGUGCCUGAGCAGAGGACUGAGAGCAACCCCUGGAAGCAGCGUUGGACUUGUAGUUUCAAGGAUGUAUGGUCCUAGGUCCUUCUUGCACAUUGGCUGCUACAUCCCCGUGCAAGACAGCUAACCCAAAGGGCAGACUAAGUAGCAGUCAUGACGACCGAGACAGGCCCUGAUUCGGACGUGAAGAAUGCGCAGGAGGAGGCCCCGCAGCAGCAGCUGGAGGCAGCAGCCCCUGGUCCCACUGCCAUGGCUGCCAGCCCUGGACCUGUAGCCAACAGCCGGGAGGCUGAAGCCAAUGAGAAACCCGUGGCCCAGUCUGACUCCCAAAAUGCAGAGCUAGUCACAGAAACGGAGGAGAAGGAUUACAGUGAAACGGAUGGACUCUCUGAUAAAACAACACCCAGCAAGACCCAGAAAUCACCCCAGAAAAUCACCAAGAAGGUCAAGAGUGCCCUCUGCAGAGUGACCCUACUUGAUGCCUCCGAGUAUGAGUGUGAAGUGGAGAAACAUGCCCGAGGCCAAAUCCUCUUUGACCUGGUAUGUGAGCACCUCAACCUCUUGGAGAAGGACUACUUUGGCCUUACCUUCUGCGACUCAGACAGCCAGAAGAACUGGCUGGACCCCUCCAAAGAGAUCAAGAAGCAGAUCCGCAGUGGGCCCUGGAACUUUGCCUUCACUGUUAAAUUUUACCCUCCUGACCCUGCCCAGCUCACAGAGGACAUUACGAGAUACUACUUGUGCCUGCAGCUCCGUGCAGAUAUUAUCACAGGGCGCCUGCCCUGCUCCUUCGUCACGCAUGCCCUGCUGGGCUCCUAUGCUGUGCAAGCCGAGCUGGGGGACUAUGAUGCUGAGGAGCACGUGGGCAACUAUGUUAGUGAGCUCCGGUUUGCCCCUAACCAAACUCGAGAGCUGGAAGAGCGCAUCAUGGAGCUGCACAAGACCUACCGGGGCAUGACCCCAGGCGAAGCAGAGAUCCACUUCCUGGAGAAUGCAAAGAAGCUCUCCAUGUACGGAGUGGACCUGCAUCAUGCCAAGGAUUCAGAGGGCAUUGACAUCAUGCUUGGCGUCUGUGCCAACGGCCUCCUCAUCUACAGGGACAGGCUACGGAUCAACCGCUUUGCCUGGCCCAAGAUCCUCAAAAUUUCCUACAAGAGGAGCAAUUUCUACAUCAAGAUACGCCCUGGUGAGUACGAACAGUUUGAGAGCACCAUUGGCUUCAAGCUCCCCAACCACCGUUCUGCCAAGCGUUUAUGGAAGGUCUGCAUAGAGCAUCACACCUUCUUCAGGCUGGUGUCCCCAGAGCCACCCCCGAAGGGCUUCUUGGUGAUGGGCUCCAAGUUCCGCUAUAGCGGGCGGACACAGGCACAGACACGGCAGGCCAGUGCCCUCAUUGACCGGCCAGCCCCCUUCUUUGAGCGCUCCUCCAGCAAACGGUACACCAUGUCCCGCAGCCUUGAUGGAGAAUUCUCACGCCCAGCUUCUGUCAGUGAGAAUCAUGAUGGUGCAGAAGCUGAGAAGCAGGAUGAGGACGGUGAGUUUGGCAGCAGGAGACGGUCUGAAGCAGAAGAUGAGGAAGUGACUACUCCAACAAAAAUCAAAGAGCUGAAGUCGGAGCAGGAAACAACCCCCAGGCACAAGCAGGAGUUUUUAGAUAAGCCAGAAGAUGUUUUACUAAAGCAUCAGGCCAGCAUCAAUGAGCUGAAAAGGACCUUGAAGGAGCCCAACAGCAAGCUGGUUCACAGGGAUCGGGACCGGAGGCUGCCUUCCUCACCAGCAUCUUCCUCACCCAAGCAUGAAGAUGAAACACCAAAGGGAACCCCAGAGAAGGCCAGAGAGAGGAUGGAAGAAGAUACCGUAGAGGAUUUUUCAUCUGAGCAUGGAGCUUCCCUAAGCAUGGAGUCUUUCACGCAGAAAAGCCUUGUCUCCUCUCCUGAGGGCUCGGAGCAUUGGGUAUUUAUAGAGAGAGAAACUUCUAGGCUGGAAGAGGUAGCUCUAAAGAAAGCUCUGAGAGUCAAGAAAGAAGAAGCAUGUGCAGGUGCAUCAGAGGUGAAAAUGAGUGUGAGCAUAUCAAAAAUGGAGAAAAUAGGGAAAACCAAGGAAGCUGCAGGCCCAGAAGAGCCAGCAGAUACAGCCCUGGAUGCCCGUCGAAGAGCAAAAAUGAUCGCUAGUCCAGAGGAUUUUGAGUCUGUCUGGGAGGAUGAGAUCUGUGAGAAAGCGACCAGGGAGGAGCCCAGCACGGAAGCAGAGCACUUGCCAGCUGAGAGGGGACACGAGGAGCCCAAAGAGAGGAGAGAGGAAGUGAUUAUCAGAGAGCCACGUCUGUCCAGGCCAUGCCAGAAAUCUGAAGAGGAGCAACGGCCUGACAUUUCAGACCCAGACUCUCAUCAAAGUGAAAGCCAAGUGGGCUCGGAAGAGUGUGUUUCUGCAGCCUGCAGGAGGCAGGAGGCCAGGAUGCCAACCACAACCACAGAGGUCAUUAAAAUUAAAGUGAAGUCUAAUGAUGACAAGCCUGAGACUUCUGCUACACAAAGGAUCAUCUACUUAGAUGAUAUAGAGGGAGAUCAGAAGGACAACAAAACAUAUCUGCUCUCAGAGCCCGGAGAAAGGCUUGACUUGAAGGAAGGGCUAGAAACUAUGGUAAAUGAACCAGGGGAGGGCUCAGGGCCCACUGUACCUGCAGAACAAGGAUCACAGUGCACUUCCUCAGUGGGCGAGCAAAGGAAAGCAGUUUCAGAUAACCUUGCUCUAGAGCUAGACCAAUGUGAGAGAGGCUGUGAUGAGACAAGCCCUUUGGGACAUCCUCACUCCAAGAAGGAGGAAGUUUUGUCAGUUCAACAGGAACAAGCAUCUGUUGGGCUGACAGACCAUGAAACGCAAGGGAGACAUCAAGCCAUAUCAUAUUUCCAAGAGAUGGAACUGGAGGAAGAAGAUCUGCAAAGACCAACAAGAGAAUUUAAGCUGUGUGCUCUGUCAGUUGAAGGGAGAGGAGCUAAGGAUGAGCUACAGGAGGGUGAAGUGGAGAACCCAGGGCUGAGACUGGCUGCGGGAAACCACAGGGACACAGAUAGCUCCACUGCAGAGUGGGAGGUCUCAGAAAGGAUCAUUGCAGAGGGAGAAGAGGAGGAAAGUUCCAGAGUGGUUCUUCAGAUGGAAGAGAUAGAGACUAAACCACCCACUUUAGCUGUGCCUCACCAGGGCCAUUCUGGUGCCACGGAAGGGUCAGAGGAAGAUAAACUGAAGGCUCCCACCCCUGGACCCUUACCUCAGCAAUCAGACCCUGGCUCUGCAGAGCUAGCCCAGGAUAUGGGGCCAGCCCAGGACACACAGCCCAAGAAUAAAGAGCUGGCCCAAGGCAUCAACUCUUCAACAGAUGUGGAAAUAAUUGAGAAAGUGAACCUCACAACAGAGAUAAUACUCAAGGAUGCAAGUUCCAUACCAGGUGAAGAAACACUCAGGGACAUGAACUGUGUAACAGAGGUGGAAAUACCCAAGGACACGAGCCCUGAAUCUGUAAAACAGCUCCAAGAUAUGGGCUUUGCUACAGAAGAAACACAGCCAGGUGCAAGUCCUGUUGCAGGACGGCCACCCCAAAAGAGAGGUGUUGCUGCGGUGGAGCUCUUCCAGGUUACAGCUCCAGCUCCAGGGGAGGUGGUUCAAGACACAGACCUUGCCACAGGGAAGGCAGUUCAUGGCAAAGUCCCUGCCACAGAAGAGCCACUCCAGGAAGAAACGCCCCCAAUAAAAGAGCUAUGCAAAGAAAUAGAGUUCCUGUCGGGGAAGUUGCCCCGAAAUAAAGGCAAUAUGGUGGAAGAAUUGUCUUAUAACAAAACUCCUAGCCCAGAAGAGCUUUCUCCCAAGGCAAAAGAAAUGGAACUUCAAAUGGGCACUAUAGCUGGGGACCUGCCCCAGAAGGAUGCUGAGGCUGGAAGGCCACUCCACACUGCAGCCCCCAAAGCACAAGAGCCACACUGGGACUUGGAGUUUAAUGUGGGACAGACUGUGCAGGAUAGGAGCUCUGUAGUACAAGAAAUCACCAAGCACAAGGGCCCUGCCCCUCCUUCUGAAGAAGGUGGUCGUGUCCUGCAUUUCCACUCUUCUGUGACAGGAUCAUGUCAAGGAAGCAAGUUGUAUCAACCUUCUACCUUUAGAUAUGAAGGCAAGGCAAAUCUGCAAGCUAGCAAUAGGAUACAGAAAACAGAGUCUGGGUCACUGAUGUCCACUGCUGGGAGGAUAGAAGCUAGAUGCCAAGAGCUUGGAGAUAUCACUGUGGCUUCAGCCCCAGUCCCAGGGGCCUGGCAGGAUGGUGAGAUGUAUGAGAAAACCUCAGUGGCUUCUAAGAUUAAGAUGUUUGAGCAGGGCGAAGCUGAGCAAAGGACAGCACAGGAGGAACAAGAACACAUGCCUGAAAUUGAGACAGCAGUGAAAAAAAGGGGGAAGAUGGAUCUGGCACAGGACACACUUCUGGACACAAGCCUCCUCUCAUCAACCAUUUCUGCAAGACCUAUGUCCAAUGUGGGCUCCUUAGCUUGCAGGCAAGGAGUUGAUUCAGGAGACUCAUCCCAGCCUCUGUCUCUGAAGGAAGAUGUUUCUGUUGAUUUGGAGCAUGAAGGAGAAGAUGCUGACCUUGCUUCUCCCGACUCUGGCUGCGAACUCACACUGGCAGAAGCCGUGAGCAAAUCUCAGGAACCAAGUGGGGAAGAAAAGGAUUUAUCUGAUCCAUCAGUAAAAUCCAGCCUGAAAGAAGACAAUUUAAGGACUGCUAUUCCAGUAGUCCUCCAGAGAGCGGGCGUGAGGGAGGGUGCCGAGGAGAAAGCUAAGCCGCCUCGGCACAGGGCUCCUGAGAGUGACACCGGUGAUGAAGAGCAGGACCAGGAGAAGGACGCGGUCUUUCUGAAGGACAACCACCUGGCCAUCGAGCGCAAGUGCUCCAGCAUCACAGUUAGUUCAACAUCUAGCCUGGAAGCCGAAGUGGACUUCACAGUGAUUGGUGACUUUCAUGGGACAGCCUUUGAGGACAUAUCCCGGAGUCUGCCCGAGCUGGAUAAAGACAAGAGUGAGACAGAAGAUGAAGGCCUGGUUUCUUCGCAGGAAACUGAAAAAGUAGCUCCUGGACUUGAAGAGGAUCUCAAAGGAGGGGAAAAGGUCUCCCAGCCUAGCCCAGAAGUAUCCCAGCAAGAGCCAGCAGUGCUGAAAACAGAUGCCACAGCUUCUGGUCUGGCGUUGGGCACAAAGAAGCCUGAAGCAGAAGCCUCGGCCCCCCAAAAGGUGGAAGGAGGUACCCCAGGCAGCAAAGACGCAAUAGCCACUUCCCACACUGUCACCACAGAGACCAUAUCAACAGCCUCAGAUCACAGCACCAAACCAGGGAAAGGGACAGGACCCACGACAGACCUUCGCUCCGUGUCACCGAUCACUGGCAGCUCUGCUGGGAAGGAGGUGCUCACCAGCAUAUUCAGUGCCACUGCGGAAACCCUCUCCACUUCCACCACUACCCAUGUUACCAAGACUGUGAAAGGAGGCUUUUCAGAGACAAGGAUAGAGAAGCGCAUAAUUAUCACGGGAGAUGAAGAUGUGGACCAAGACCAGGCACUGGCUUUAGCAAUCAAAGAGGCAAAACUACAGCAUCCUGACAUGCUGGUAACCAAAGCUGUGGUAUACAGAGAAACAGAACCUUCUCCAGAGGAAAGAGACAAGAAGCCUCAGGAAUCUUGACCACCAUGUUCACAGAAGUUGGCAUCUGUAUUCAAGCCUGGAGAAUAGUGAAGAAGGAUCCUUUAUGCUGGAUUUGUCAGCAAGACAUAGACAUCCUGGCUGCAACAUUCAUGGCAAGAGACAAAAAUUAAAAAAAAAAAAAAAAAAAAGGAAUAGCAACUAUAUUAUAUAUAUAUAUACAUACAUACCUACAUAUAUAUAUAUAUAUAAAAACAGGAAACAAAAUGCAUCCUUGCACUGCUACUGUUUGCUGGAAAUGAAUUAAAACCAACAUUGACAACAAACAAAACCAACCAUCUUUGCAGAUAAAUUGAAGAAUUUAGCGGAUUGGUGAUAAAACAAAAUUAUAAAAUCAUGGUAAUAACAGUAAUGUUGUUAAAAGUACAAUAAGCCACCGUCUUGCAUGUUACCUAAAAGGAUACACAAUCUUGAGUUCAUUUGUUGCAUACGGAAUGGAAAGGAAAACUGCUUUGCAACAAAGCAAGAAAUAAGCAAAAUGAAAUAACAACCACAAGCAGAAGCAAACCCAUUUCCCACCUCUGGAAAGAAGAGAGAAACCAUUGAGUUUAUUACUUUAGAGUUAUUUUCCAAUUUGGAAUGUGUGGUUACACCCUUUUCCUUAUUCUAUGCUGGUUCUUUUGCCUUUUUUUAGGGGGGGAGGGUCAUUAAUUCUACCCCUUCUGUUCCAUAUCUUCCUCUCUGUGCAUUUCUCCAGGCUCCUAUUCUCUGAAAGUAUUUAGGAAUGGAUUUCAUUUCAAACAAAGCAAAUUAUAUGUAUAUGGUUUCUCACUUAUAGCAACACAGCCUAUAGGGGUUUCAUAUGGAUGUGCAUUUAAGUUAUGUAUAUUAUUAUAUAUAACAAGGGGGGAGGGAGGGAACAAUAUUGAAAUAAUUCAACAGUGCUGGUAAAUAUGAUGAUGACGUUUUUAAAUUAUUAACUAUUUGAUUGACUGUGGUUGGUGUAUUUUGAGACUCUUAGCUCAUACUUGGGACUCUUAGCCCUGCAAGAAGAGAA